GGUUACAGUUUGUUUUGUGGCAGUUUCACGUGAAUUUCUUGUUCAGCAAGAGUUGCGCGCGUGUGUAUGUGUGUGUGUUUCUCCGCAUUAGUGUCCGCGGCCUAUUCUGUGAAAUAUGUACGCGAACGACACCAUAAGAGCACUCCACGCUGCGGUAAAGGCCGGCAACUUGCAAGGUGUCGUGGAAAUGCUGGCAAAAGGAGCAGACUUCGAAGCCGCAGACUCUUUCCAGGUACGACCGAUCCAUUUAGCUGCGGGAUGGGGUCAUUUGGACAUUCUUAAAACUCUUAUCGAACGUGGCUGUAAUGUAAACGCAGGGGCUUGCAUAAUUACCCCAGUGUUCAAGAGGCUCGAGCAGGGUAUGACGCCGUUACAUUUUGCAGCCAGAAAUUUUGACCCAAGCGUAGCACACACUUUGAUCAGUGCUGGUGCUAAUGUGAACGCCAAAACUAAUUGCGGUGUGUCUCCACUGCACAUUGCGGCACAGCGCGGCCAUUCGUCCGUAGUGAAAGCACUAGUUUCUGCGAAUGCAGACAUGAAUGCCAUUGACGCUGGAACGUUGAAUCCGUUGCACUGGGCAGUUCGCGAGGGCAAUUUAGAUGCUGUAAAAAUUCUUAUUCGCAGUGGUGCUGAAGUUGAUGCGAAGUCUUGUCUACAGAUUACACCAUUGCAUUAUGCAGCAGAGCUCUGGCAUGUUGAAGUAGUUAAAUACCUUUUGGCAAAAGGAGCCGAAGUUAAUGCAAUUGAUAACAGAAGGUGGACGCCGCUUCACUUUGCAGUAGACGAGGAUUCCACCCAAAUACUUCUCUUCAGUAAAGGACACUUGGAUGCACGGGUGCAUGCUUCAAAACUGAAUACCACGAAAGUUCUCAUUGAAAACGGAGCAGAUGUAAACGCAAAGGGAAGCAAAAACGAAACCGCUCUGUACCUGGCUGUGAAGUAUGGCGAUCCUGUAGUCGCUAGAUGCUUAUUGCAGAAUGGUGCAUAUUACAAUGGAAACACUUCCAUGUCAGAGAUUGCUGCUCUAAUGAGAAACGAGAAUGUAAAUGCUUUAUUUUGUGCUACUGAAAAGCUGUUUGAAGCUGUGAAGAAAGGAAAGUGUGCUGAAAUUGAAAAAUGUGUUCAAGAAGGGGCACCAGUCAACAGCAGAAGCAUCAAGUAUGAAACACCGCUUACUUAUGCAUCUUGGAAAGGACAUUUACCUGUUGUUAAUGUUUUGCUUAAACAUGGGGCUCGUGUUAAUUUGAGCAACAGUAAUGGUGUUACACCACUGCAUUAUGCAGCAAAAUUUGGGCAUCAUGAAAUACUGUGCGUUUUAUUGCAACAUGGUGCAGUAUACAAUGCAACAUCCAAAACAGGCAAAAAAACACCACUACAUUUCGCCCAUGAAGCUGGAAAACAAGAAGUUUCAGAGACACUAAAACUGAUUGAUCGUAUGUUUAUUAGAAUGAGCAAAAAGGAUGAAACAGUGCUAAAAGAGUUAAGUGAAUUAAAGGACAUAAACUAUGCUAAACUUCUUGCUGUAAAAAAUUGCAAAAAUAUAAAUCAGGAAACUCUGACACAAAUAGCUUCAAAAAAUGGCUAUGAAGAACUUUGUAAAAUGUUUUGUGAUUUGUAA